AUGGUGACGAUCUGUCCCUACAGUUCACGUAUACUUGCAUCUGAGAUGCUCGAUAGAACACUUGCUCACGCAAACGAGAUGGAUAAAGCACGACGUCGCCGGCCUGGCCGAAACGAGAAGACGCGAGCCGUCUAUGACACCGGGAAAGAACUGUUCCUCGGAACAUGCGACAGUAGAGGAGUCGGCGGAGUCGGCGUUCUCCUCAACACGAGUUUGUCCAUGAACAUCGACUCAUUCAAACAACUUACAACCCAAAGCGAACGUUUACGAUUAAAAAGACGUGGAACAAUUGCGGCUUUGACAAUCUUCGUCGUUUAUGCGCCGACAUCAAACUAUGACGAAAAAGUCGAAGCGUUCUAUAUGGACUUGGAGAAGUUCUAA